AUGCGACUGCCAUCACUAGUGCUGGCCCUCCUCGCGGGGGUCGCCAUGGCUGCCGACACCACCACCACCACCACCACCACCUCAGACUCGGUGUUUACUAUGGACGGCACCGUUAAGACGGUGACCCCAACCUCGGUUCCCGUGCCCUCUGGGGAAUAUAUCACUUACGGGUCAACCAUUAUUGUCAGCAACGACACUUCCAUCGGGCUAUCUGGCGAGGCUACCGCCACCUCGGCCACGGGCAAUGCCACUGUAGUCACUCAGACCACCGACGGGAUGACGGUGCUGGUAGGCGGCCACGGCACGACUACCCUUGGCAAUGGCACGGCCAAUGCAACUGCGACGGCCACGGCCUCGCCGUCGGCGUCGCCAGUGCAAAAUACCCAGCCCUGCAACAACUACGCCGAAUUCUGCAAUCGCCAAUAUUCCAAUAUCACCAUGGUUGCCGCGCAUAACAGUCCGUUCGUGCGUCCGGGCAACGCGGCUGCUAACCAGGUGUACGAUGUGACGUCGCAGCUGAAUGACGGCAUCCGCAUGUUGCAAUUCCAAGUCCAUCUGCAGAAUGGCACAAUGUAUCUCUGUCAUACCAGCUGCGAGCUGCUCAACGUCGGCACGUUGGCAGCGUAUCUCGAGACAGUCGCCAAAUGGUUGGACCAGAACCACUACGACGUGGUCACGUUCCUCAUGGGCAAUUUCGAUUAUGUGCUUCCUGGCAACAUCACCAACGUGAUCGAGGCCUCGCCUCUGAAAGACUAUAUCUACACUCCGCCCAAGAUCCCCAUGGGUCUGAACGACUGGCCGACAUUGGGGGAGAUGAUCAUCACGGGAAAACGCGCGGUGUUUUUCAUGGACUACGGUGCCAAACCGGAAGAGUAUCCGUGGCUCAUGGAUGAGUUCUCGCAGAUCUGGGAGACGCCCUUCUCGCCGACGAACCGCAACUUCCCUUGCACGGAGCAGCGACCACCGGGUCUUUCGCACGUGGAUGCAGAGAAGCGCAUGUAUAUGGCGAAUCACAAUCUCAACCUCGAGCUGAACUUUGGCGGUUUGAGCAUGCUCAUCCCCAAUCUUGCCUACAUAGAUGAGACCAAUGCCGUCUCGGGAUUCGGCAGUCUGGGCUGGAUGGCUGAGAAUUGUACCAAGGAUUGGAACCGCCCGCCCAAUUUCCUUCUGGUGGACUACUACAACUAUGGUAACUUCAACGGCUCGGUGUUUGAAGUCGCGGCCGAGAUGAACAACGUCACCUAUGACCGCAAGUGCUGCGGCAUGGCCUCCGCUGCUGCGCAUGGAGUGUCUGUCGCCAGCGUUACGUCCAUCCUGGUGGUGGCUGCAACUGUACAGCUUCUGAUGAAUGUGUUUUAG